CCCACUCUGCGGGCUCCAUGCUACUAUUGUCUACCAGGAGAGCGGGCUAUUUGCAAAAUAAAGGUGUCCUCCUGCCUCGGCUUCAGCCUGAUGCAUAUACAUGUGAGCGGGGCUGGUUUGUAAAGCGGAGCAGCGCUGAGAGGAGCGGGGAUUAGUGGCUCGAUCAGCGGCAGUCCUCGCUGUGUUUUCCCCCUCACGGAGCCGCGGCUCCUCGGCGGUCGGAUGCUGGGAGUUCUCGCCGAGCAGAGAGCGCGCAGGGCCCGCAGAGAAAGGAGCAGGGACACGGAAGGAAGGAAGGAAGGAAGGAGAGGGCAGCGGCAUUUUAAUACCAAAUCAGGACACAUGUUGAGCUAACGGCCCCUCCACCCUCCUCCUCCUCCUCCUCCUCCUCUUCUCCUCCUCCUCCUCCUCCCAAAUGCAUUUGUUGCCUCAAUCGCUGUCCCGUUUCUAAUUACUGCGCGUUAAGGAUAAAACCAGCGGAGCUCCUCUCCUGGCCUCUCCGGGCUGCGAGGAUCCUCUCACCGCGGCUGCUCGGACCAUCAUGGAUCUCAGUAAGAUUGCUGUCAGCAUCAAUAAGGCCAUCAACACACAGGAGGUCGCUGUCAAAGAGAAGCAUGCCAGGACCUGCAUCUUGGGGACCCAUCAUGAAAAGGGCGCCCAUACCUUCUGGGCAGCCGUCAACCGGCUCCCUCUCUCCAGCAACGCUGUGCUCUGCUGGAAGUUCUGCCACGUCUUCCACAAGCUGCUGCGAGACGGACAUCCAAACGUGAUAAAGGACUCCAUGAGGAACAAGGCUGAUUUAACGGAUAUGAGCAGGAUGUGGGGUCACCUGAGCGAAGGCUACGGGAAGCUCUGCAGCAUCUACCUCAAACUGCUCAUCACCAAAAUGGAGUUUCACAUCAAAAACCCUCGUUUCCCUGGCAACCUGCAGAUGUCAAACAGACAGCUUGACGAGGCGGGAGAGAACGACGUGAACAACUUCUUUCAGUUGACCGUAGAGAUGUUUGACUACCUGGAGUGUGAGCUCAACCUCUUCCUUAGUGUGUUCAGCUCUCUUGACAUGUCCCGAUCGGUGUCUGUGACGGCAGCAGGUCAGUGUCGCCUGGCUCCCCUCAUCCAAGUCAUCCUGGACUGCAGCCACCUGUAUGACUACACCGUGAAGCUGCUGUUUAAGCUGCACUCCUGCCUUCCAGCAGACACUCUCCAGGGCCACAGAGAUCGCUUCCAGGAACAGUUUAAGAAGUUAAAGAGUCUGUUCUAUCGCUCCAGUAACUUGCAGUAUUUCAAGAGGCUGAUUCAGAUCCCACAGUUGCCUGAGAACCCUCCCAACUUCCUGCGUGCGUCAGCUCUGUCGGAGCACAUCAGCCCCGUGGUCGUUAUCCCCGCUGAGUCAUCAUCCCCCGAGUCAGAGCACAUGGUGGAGACUGACGAUCUGGUGGACACAGAUGUCCCCUCACUGCCGGCUGCCGUGGAGACAAAGUUUGACGACUUGUUUGGCACCUCGGCGGCUAUAGACCCGUUUAACUUCAACAGUCAGAACGGGAUGCGCAAAGACGACAAAGAUCGUUUGAUUGAACAGCUGACGAGGGAGAUCCAGGCCCUCAAAGACGAGCUGGAGUCUUUCAGAGUGGAGAGCGGUCGGUUGUGUCAGGUGCUGAGGGGGCGUGUCAGUGAGCUGGAGGCGGAGCUGGCCGAGCAGAGCCAUCUGAGGCUGCAGGCUCUGGGGGAGAGCGAGUUCCUGAAGGCCGAGCUGGACGACCUGAGGAGGGUCAGAGAGGACACGGAGAAGGAGCAGCGAAGCCUGACGGAGAUAGAGAGAAAAGCUCAGGCCAACGAGCAACGCUACACCAAACUGAAGGAGAAGUACACAGAGCUGGUUCAGAGUCAUGCAGACCUGUUGAGGAAGAACGCAGAAGUGACCCGGCAGAUGACGGUGGCUCAGACGGCACAGGAUGAGGUGGAGGUGGUGAGAAAAGAGAUGCAGGAGAAGGUGAAAGCAGCUCAGGAGUCUGCAGACAGACAGGAGAAGAACCAGCUGGAGCAGCUCCUGGAGCUCCAGAGGGAGCUGGUGUCCAGCCGCACGGAGCUGGACUCCCUGAAGACCACCAUGGCCUCUACGCAACAGUCGAGCGAGGCGCUCAGCACGCAGCUGGCCACCCUGCAGUCGGAGAAGGCCGAGCUGGUGCAGUCCCUGUCGAAGGUGGAGGUGGAGCUGGUGGCCCAGGGAGAGGAGCUAGAGCGAGUCCAGAGUUCGCUGGCGACAGAGAGGGAGAGCGGGGUGAAGACAGCGGAGGCCCUGCAGAAUCAGCUAAAUGAGAAGGAGAGCCGGGAGCAGGCGCUGGAGAGUCAGCUGGUCGCAGCUCGCUGGUCAAGUCUGCAGGGAGCUGUGGAGGAGGCGGAGAAAAUCAUCCAGGACUCGCUGGCUCAGAUUCAAGACCCGGCACACAUCAGCUGCACCAGCUCUGCAGAUUAUCUAGCAUCCAGAUGUCAGGCCUCUUUAGAGUGCAUGGAUCGACUCCAUUCUGCCAGCGGGGCCUUCACAGCAGACAACACAGAUGUGUCAGAGCUGCUGCGAGUGGUGACCCAGUGUGGCCACCUGGUGGGAGACACCAUCGUUCAAGGCAGUGCCACCUCCCACAUGGUGCCAGUGGAGCAAGCUGAUGCCCUGUCAGAGAGUGUGAAGGCGUGUGGCGCUGAGGCUCUGGCUCUGCUGGGACAGAUGAAGCAGCGCGACAGCCUGGCUGCAGCAGACAACAGCAAACUGAAGGCUGCUCUGGAGGCCAUCCUGGCCACCGCAGAGAAACUGCGUCCUCGGGGCUUGGAGCUGCAGCAGGGGGAGCUGGGAGAUCUCGUGGAGCAGGAAAUGGCCGCCACUUCCGCUGCUGUGGAGUCAGCUGCUGCCAGGAUAGAGGAAAUGCUCAACAAGUCUCGAGCAGUUGAUACAGGAAUCAAGAUGGAGGUCAACGAGAGGAUCUUGGCCUCGUGCACAGAACUGAUGCAGGCGAUCAAGGAGCUCGUUCUUUCUUCCAAACACCUGCAAAGGGACAUCGUGGAGAGCGGAAGGGGGGCAGCCUCCAUGAAGGAAUUUUAUGCUAAGAAUUCCCGCUGGACUGAGGGUCUGAUCUCUGCCUCCAAAGCAGUGGGAUGGGGCGCCACAGUCAUGGUGGACGCUGCUGAUCUGGUGGUGCAGGGUAAAGGGAAGUUUGAGGAGUUGAUGGUGUGUUCACAUGAAAUAGCUGCCAGCACUGCACAGCUGGUAGCUGCUUCCAAGGUGAAAGCAGACAAAGACAGCACCAACUUGCAGCGUCUGCAGCAGGCGUCCCGCGGCGUCACACAGGCCACCGCAGCCGUCGUGGCCUCCACCAAGUCUGGGAAGUCUCAGAUUGAAGAAAAAGACACUAUGGAUUUCUCCAGCAUGACUCUCACACAGAUCAAACGACAGGAGAUGGAUGCACAGGUCUUGGUCCUGGAGCUGGAGACUCGUCUGCAGAAAGAGCGAGAGCGUCUCGGUGAACUGAGGAAGAAGCAUUACGAGCUGGCCGGUGUAGCGGAGGGCUGGGGCGAGGGCGGGGAGGGCACGGGUUGAGACCAGUCACGUCCCGCUCCCUCGUCCCCUUCCUCGACCAUCAGACCGCCUUCUGUCUGCCUCUUUCUAUUUAUACACACUCUUCUCCGUCUCUUUCUCCCUUGUUUCCUUCUCUUUUCUGUUUGUUUGUUCUCUAAGCCAAAUGAAAAGGUGCUUCUUUUCUAAAAAAAACCUGCUUCUCCACCCAUGUCCGGAAGCUUCCAUCAAAGGACAGCACCAAGGGCUCAGCAGAGGAGGGACGUUGGAUGAAAUGUACGUCAGGGGGUGGGGGGGGUGAAAAGCCUACAGUGCAGCCUGACUUCACAGCCUCAUGUUCCCCCCUCCUCUCGCCCGGGACGGAGACAAGCAGUGAUGGAGUUGAUCACUUUGGCCGAGUAUUUAUUGUCUUCUUUUUAUUUCUUCUCCUUCCUCCCCCGGUUUUUAUUAACAAGGAGUCGCAGCAGAGGCGAUGCGAGCAAAGGCGUCAACUCAAGACAACCCGGGAUGCACUGCACAAGCUCUGUGUGCUCCCCCUCCCCAGCCCCCAGGUCCAGUUCUCUGAGUAACAUAGAUGUUAUGUAUGCUCUCCUGUUGUGCACAUCGUGAGGUGCUCUUCCUCUGUCGGCGCGGUUUCAACGUUCUCUUCCUCCCUCGUUCCUUUCCCGUUCUUUUGUCUCACUGUGAGUUAUCACCUUGUUAAGUCCGUACCACUUCACGAGCAGGUUCACCGGACUUUCUGCCUUUUCACCACCAUUGUAACGACCGUGACUGUUAACCUGAACGCACCCCUCCUUUAUUUUAAUUUUGUUUGUUUCUUCAUAUUUUAACAGACGCUUACCCGGAAACUCUUUAAAACAAGAACAGGGAAAAGUAGCACACACGUAACAGUCUUCUCUCUGUGACCUUUUCAGACUGCCAACUACCUCAUGCUACAUCGCAAGAGGUCAAAGGCAACAGCGGUGCAUCAUGGGGAGGUCAAAUAAUUGGGGUUAUGUCCUCUUUCCUCAGUUUUCAGACAUGACCACAGAGAAUUUCCGCACCAUUGGUUCUGGAUUUUCUCCGGAGUUUGCCUUUCACACAUGAACGAUUUUCCGUUCAGAAAUCUCAAGAGUGAUCAAAAUGUUGUUGCGGAGUGCAGGGCACCCCUGUCAUCCGGACAUAUUUGUAUUCCCUUUUUCCAUUUUUGCAUCUGUCACGUGUUAGAAACGUCACAAAUCCUCUGGAGGAUCUCCUGCGGUGUGGGUGGGCUCAUUCGAUCAUUGUCUCGAGAUUUACACUGAAUGUCAAGUUCCUCUCACUCAGACGUUUGCAUUCUCAAAUACAGCCCCUCUGGAGAUUAGUGCAUGUCUGAAAGCAGCUUCGUUAAGGAGAGUAGUGGGAGGAAACCCUGUUUUUUUAUGUAGAAAAAAAGCCACAACACUUAUAAAGUUUUUAUUUCUUCAAGUCUGGCAGAAGAUGUCAAAUUAAAUUGGAGAUCUGUUCUCGGUGCGUAUUUUUAGUCAAGCAAAGCCACGACGAACCUGUCAUAGCAGCAGCAGCUGCUCUGGAGGUGGAGCUGGGAUCCAGUCACUUUUAAUGAACUGCGAACAGCGUCGUCUCCUGACAGAUGGCGAGUAUCUGCUCCUCUUUGAGACGUAAGGACCCCGCCAGCAGGACGGCCGUGCUCCCGGUGUGGAUGAUAAUCCUUUUAGGGUUCUGCAGGAGACGGGAGUGUCCGCUCAAUCAGAUAAAUCUUCAGGAAGGAGCAAAUGUAAAUCCUUUAAAGUUUGACUGUUUCAAAUCAAAGUUGAAUGUGAGACUUUUAUGAAUUUGAGGCCACCCAGCUGCACAAGCCUUUAUUAAUGAAACGUUAAAGAUCGACCUGCCUCUUCAUAAAUCCUGCGGACUGACGGUCGGCUGCAGUUUUAUAAAUCCUUCACUGACGGCAUGCGUUGGCAGCGCCACAGUGGACCCUGAAGAAUGCAGUGCACAGACUGCAGUGUUUGAACUUCCUCAAGACCAAGUAGCUGUGUAUAUAAACUACAAGCCUUUAACUGUUGGAAAUAAUCGUUUGAUUUCUUUUCACGGCAUCUCUCCAACUAAAGAUUCAGUUUAAUUGAAUACACGAUGGUGCCCAGCAACGCCACACAUAACUAAUAUAAGUCUUUACUUCUUCCGUACCAGGUUUUUAUUUAACUGAAUUUCCUACUGAGACUGAUGAACUGACUUUCAGCCUGUUUCCAGUGGACUGUGAGAAGACUGAUCAUGCCUUUGUGUAAAAAAACAAAACAAAAAAAACCACGAGAUGAGCAGGCAUCCUUUUUGAACCCGACACCUUAUUUCUAUCUUUCUGUUAGAUACUGAUUCUCUUGGACUCUUUCUCUUUCUCUGUGUCUUAACAUACGUAGCUCUGAAGCUCCGCUUUAGCUGUGUAGCUCUAAAAAGUUGUGACACUGGGUAUUUUACAGACACUGGUGGAAGAGUAUCUGCAAAUAAUACUUAAAAACACAAAAGAAAGGGUUUAAACAGCUUGUUAACACAGAUGGUUGAAUCCCAAAAUUCUCAUUAUUAGAGCUCGACUGAUACAGAUUUUUGGGGGCCUAUGUCAAUACUCAUAUUAUUGAGUAGAAAUUUUAUAUUUCCAUAUAUAAUGUUAUAUUCCAAUUUAUUCCUAUUGAUAUAAUGGUUUCAAGAAUAUAUGGGUUUCAAUAUGUCUUUAAAAAGUUGAUUCUUAAGAUGUUGCUAUCAAACCCUCAUGACCAAGAGUCUUUUUUCUAUUUUACAGUUUAACCCUGAACUUUGUUAUAAAUAACCAUAAAUAAAAAGCACACAUACAAAACUUGUGAAAAUGAUUAUUUUUUCAAUAUAAACAUCUCUACUGCAUUAUUUAUUCUGUAAAAUAUACGUUUUGAUAUCGCCAAACACAAACGUCAAUAUCAAUUUAUCGACCAACCGAUAAAUCAGUCGGGCUCUAAUUAUCAUAAUUAGACUAUUUGAAUUAUUUUUCCCAUGUGACACCCUCCAUCUGCUGCACCAACCUGGUUCAACAAACGUAAGUAUUGUUUGCAGUACUGUUGGCUCCAGGUCUUUGUAUGUUUAAUAAUGAUUUUAGCUGUGUUCUGUCAUUUCUCCAACACACGAGUGAAACAGUAGCUAACCUCAUUAGAGACAUUUGGAAUAAUAACAAAUUAAAACACCACAGAAGAAGGAUUCAUCCACUUUUGAUGGUAUUACAAGUGUCUUGGAAGAUGAAUGCACCUUGAGUGAUUCUUAGUUGUAUUUCUUUUGCCCAGAUAUUCUUUAUUAACCUCCCUCUCUCUGUCUGUGUCCCCUCUCUUCUCUCGGGUCUGUGUCUGUAGUCCUACCAGCUCAGCCAGCCUUUCAAACUGCCUCACACUGUAGUCAAAGAGAAACAAAUACUCACAUAGCAACAGUGGAAUAUGUCUUUGUAUGAUAUACUAAAACUUUGUUGGUGGGUUUGUUUUUAUUUUUUCAGUUUUUGAAAAUAAAUAUUUCAACUUGUUAAUACGGA